AUGACUACUGCUAAAUUUGAUUACACUGACAAUUCUCAUAGACGUUACAACCCAUUGACUGAUUCAUGGGUAUUGGUUUCUCCACAUAGAGCUAAAAGACCUUGGUUAGGUCAACAAGAAACUGUAGGUAAACCAAAUAUUCCAGAAUAUGAUGUAAAUUGUUAUUUAUGUCCUGGAAAUAAAAGAGCCACUGGUAAUAGUACUCCAGCUUAUGAAAGUACUUAUAUUUUUCAAAAUGAUUAUCCCGCUGUUAAAUUAGAACAACCUGACAUAGAUGAAACUGAUGAAACUGAUGAAAUCAAAAAAAGAUUAUUUAAAGUUCAAUCGGUUAAAGGUAAUUGUUUUGUUAUCUGUUUUAGUCCAAAACAUAAUUUGACUAUCCCACAAAUGAAAGUUGAUGAAUUAGUUGGGGUGGUCAAUGCUUGGCAAUCUUUGUACAAUACAUUAGAUCAAGAAAGAAAAGAAGGCAACCCUUAUAAAUUUUUACAAAUUUUCGAAAACAAAGGUACUGCUAUGGGUUGUUCUAAUUUGCAUCCUCAUGGUCAAGCUUGGUGUUUAGAUGUAGUACCAAGUGAAGUUUCACAAGAAUUUAAAUCUUUUGGAAAAUAUCAAAAAGAUAACGGCUGUCAUUUAUUGAGUGAUUACGUUCAAUUAGAAUUGAAAGAAAAAGUAAGAGUAGUAUUGGAAAAUGAUACUUUUAUUGUUACAGUUCCAUAUUGGGCAGUAUGGCCAUUCGAAACGAUUAUUGUUUCAAAGGAAAGAAUCCCUGCAAUUGUGGACUUCAACGAAAAGCAAAAUAAAGAUUUAGCAACAAUUAUAAAACAAUUGACUACCAAAUACGAUAACUUGUUCCAAACCAGUUUCCCUUAUUCUAUGGGUAUUCAUCAGCAACCUUUUAAUCCUACCAACGAGGAAAAGGAAAUGAGUUGGUUCCAUAUGCAUUUCUAUCCACCAUUAUUGAGAUCAGCCACCGUAAGGAAAUUCUUAGUUGGUUUUGAAAUGUUAGGUGAACCACAAAGGGAUUUGACUGCUGAACAAGCAGCUGAGAGGUUAAGAAACUUGGAUUCUGAAGUACAUUAUUUGGAGAAACUUUGA